AUGGAAUAUUGUCCAUUUGAUUUAGAAAGAAUUGUACUAUCCAACAGAAACAUGCAGCCAGCAGAAAUAAAGAAGUAUUGCCGUGAAGCUGUCCUUUGCAUCAAAGCAUGUCAUGAUAUGAACAUAGCUCAUUGCGAUAUAAAACCAGCAAAUUUUAUGACAGAUGAAUAUGGAAGAUUGAAAAUCGGAGAUUUUGGUCUAGCAACAAUAUUUAAGGAUUCACAUGUUAGAAAUAUCUAUUCAGGAACAAAAAUAAUGAUGGCACCAGAAAUUUAUGAGCAAAAUGGCUAUGAUGCGAUGGCAGCUGAUAUUUGGGCACUUGGAUGUACAUUGUAUUUUAUUGCCACAGGAAGAUAUCCAUUUUUUGUUGUUGAUCCGAGAGAAUUAGUUCAAUUAAUUUCACUAGCUAAAUAUGAUGGCUCUCUUAUUAAAGAUAAACUUCUUCGUGAUGUUAUUGCAAGAUGCUUGAGGAUAGAGCCAAAAGACAGACUUGGAGAUGCCAUACUUUAA